GUAGCUUGAUAGAAUUUUGACGUAAUGUCUGUGCGGAAAUGGUAGGGUGUGCUUUGCGUUUAGUGAAUAUGCGUGUGAAAGUGUCAUUUCUCGCGGAAGUGGGUGAAGAUUGCGUUUUUGUAUGUGUAAUGUAACGACACAUCUGACAUAAUGUAUUUCUAUUUACUCCUCGCUGGAACAGCCGUAGUGAAUAAUAUGUAUGUUAAUUAAAGUGCUGAAUGUAAAUGACAGUGAAAUAUGUCCAUCCCAGGGGGGAGUAAAAGAAGUGGUGCUAUGAAAAUUCGUUUGACAAUACUGUGCGCACGAAAUUUGGCCAAAAAGGAUUUGUUCCGCCUUCCCGAUCCAUUCGCAAAGAUCAGCGUCGAUGGCUCGGGUCAGUGUCAUAAAACAGACACAUGUAAAGCCACUCUUGACCCUAAGUGGAAUCAGCAUUAUGAUUUGUAUAUUGGAAAGGAUGAUGGUAUUACUAUAAGUGUAUGGAACCACAGAAAAAUUCACAAAAAACAAGGAGCUGGAUUCCUAGGUGGUGUGAGAAUUGUAUCAAAUACAAUUCAGAGGCUGAAAGACACUGGCUAUCAGCGCUUGGAUUUGUGCAAGUUAAGCUUAGACAGUCCCGAUCCAGUGAAAGGUCAAAUUGUAGUUUCUUUGCUCUCCCGUGAUGGCCACAGUGGUGUCGCAGGUGGUGGCCACAACGCUGUUGUGGAUCCUCUGGGAGACCUCAGUUGCCCAGAGGACCUCCCCGAGGGAUGGGAAGAGCGAAGAACUUCUGACGGUUGGCUUUAUUACGUAAAUCAUCACACCAAAACUACUCAGUGGUUUAGGCCAACAAGGCCGCAAUAUACAAGUAUUAUUCCGAGACAUGUCCUUUCAAGACCUUCGCGUGAGAAUGGUCCUGUUGGCUCAAACGUUACACAGCCUACUUCUCCAACAAGUGGAUUAGCCCAUCCAAAUUCUUCAAGUGAUGGUGGGUCUGUCAGCCCAGAUGUUACACAGCCUACUUCUCCAACAAGUGGAUUAGCCCAUCUAAAUUCUUCAACUGAGGGUGGACCCGUCAGCCCAGAUGUUACGCAGCCAGCUUCUCCAAUAAGUGGAUUAGUCCAUCUAAAUACUUCAAGUUCCAAUACCAGUUCACCUAUUACUGGUACCGUUGAACAACAAUUGUCAGCAGGAUCCAAUUCUGGCAGUCCAGUAAACCAGACACCAAGCCAGAAUCAAUCAGGGAACAGGGAGCAGAAUGGCAUCUUCCCUCUUCGAGGAACUGCUGCAUCACGCAGGCCAUUGGUUCCAGCAAUAACAGGCUUUCAACCAAACAAAACAGUGAGUGAAGCUGAAAAUCGGCCUUCAAGAACAGAGCUGCCGGCUGCUGGCAGUAGACGUGAACGUGAAAAUUCUUCAGGCAGUCAGGCUCAAGCAGCUGCUCAUCGUCGACGAUCUGCACGGCAGAGAAAUUCAUUGAUGUUGCAACAGGCUGGUCGUGGUUCUCACAAUAUUAGUCAGCCGGGAGACUUGCCACCAGGAUAUGAAUUACGAACAACGCAGCAAGGGCAGGUGUAUUUCUACCAUGUUCCAUCUGGAAUAAGUACAUGGCAUGACCCACGCAUUCCACGAGACCUGACUGUAAGCUCAGAUCUCGGUCCUUUACCACCAGGAUGGGAAAUGAGGCAAACUAGUUCUGGACGUAUUUAUUUUGUAGAUCACAAUAACCGCACCACUCAGUUCACUGAUCCACGGCUGUCUGGUGCAGUAAUCUCAAAUCUCAUUAAGAAACAAAGCUCAAGCACUUCACCAACCCAUGGCGCAACAAGCAGCUCAAAUUCCAAUUCGAGCAGUGGACGGGUAGAUCCCGUGGGGAGGGAAGAUUCACCUUCUGGGUCAUCUCGCCAGCCUUCUCUGUCCCCUACAAGCAGUGGAAGUAGCACAACAAUGAACAGUGAAGCAAGAACUUCGGGAGAAGGAAGUAGCAAUAGUGCAACGGAACCUGCUGCCGGUACUGAUGGAAGUGCAAAUAAUAGUGAUAAUAGAAAUUCAGCUUCAGUGUGUGUGUCACUAAAUGUACGAAGUGGAGAACUGCCAAGGGAACUGUUGGACAGUGAAUUGUUGCCAAAGUACAAACGAGAUUUGGUUACGAAGCACAAAUCUUUAAGAACUGAACUGCAAGCACUUCAACCACAAAGUGGUCACUGCCGUUUAGAGGUGUCACGGACAGAAAUAUUUGAGGAGUCAUAUAGACUAGUGAUGAAAAUGAGACCAAAGGAUAUGCGCAAACGCCUAAUGGUUAAAUUCAGAGGAGAAGAAGGUUUAGAUUAUGGAGGUGUUGCUCGUGAGUGGCUGUACCUUCUGUCACAUGAAAUGCUGAAUCCUCAGUACGGUCUUUUCCAGUAUUCACGUGAAGAUAAUUACACUUUGCAGAUCAAUCCUGAUAGCAGCAUUAAUCCUGAGCAUUUAUCAUAUUUUCACUUUGUGGGCCGUGUAAUUGGGAUAGCUGUUUUCCAUGGUCAUUACAUUGAUGGAGGCUUUACAAUGCCAUUUUAUAAGAUGUUGCUUAAUAAACCUAUAACACUGGAUGAUAUUGAAGGUGUGGAUCCUGAACUGCAUAGGAGCUUAACAUGGAUGCUGGAAAACAGCCUCACUGGUGUCAUUGAUACAACGUUUGCUGUGGAGCACAACAGCUUUGGAGUAUUGAAGGUGCAUGAGCUGAAACCUGGGGGAAAGGAUAUUAAUGUAACAGAAGAAAACAAACGAGAAUAUGUAAAGCUGUACGUGAACUACAGAUUUAUGAGAGGUAUUGAGCAACAGUUCCUAGCUCUACAGAAAGGUUUCACUGAAUUAAUACCCAACAAUCUUCUUAGAGCAUUUGAUGAACGUGAACUUGAAUUGAUAAUUGGCGGCCUCGGUUCUAUAGACAUUACGGAUUGGCGAAAUCACACAAGGUUAAAGCAUUGCACUCCCGAAACACCAGUUGUAAAGUGGUUUUGGCAGAUCGUUGAAGAAUACUCGGAGGAAAUGAGGGCAAGACUUUUACAGUUUGUAACAGGAAGUUCUAGGGUUCCUUUACAAGGAUUUAAAGCUUUGCAAGGUUCAACAGGUGCUGCUGGUCCAAGACUUUUUACAAUUCAUGUUAUAGAUGCACCUUUGGAAAAUCUACCAAAAGCCCAUACAUGCUUUAAUAGAAUUGACAUUCCUCCUUAUGAAUCAUAUCAGAAAAUGUUUGAAAAGCUUACUCAGGCUGUGGAAGAGACAUGUGGUUUUGCUGUUGAAUGACGUGUUGCAUAAAAUAGCUUAAUUUUAGAGGUUGAGUCGAUUUGCACUAUUUUUAGAUAAAUAGUCAAAUGUAUUGUUUGCACAUUGAUUUGCACAAAAGGCCUCACAAGUCAUUGAAGCUGCAUGACACACCUCUGAAAGAUUCAGAUAAACUGCAAAGCUUCAUUGCCGGUGAAAUGAAAUAUUUAGGAUCAUAUGGUUUUGGUAUGAUCUCUAGUUUCUUUUUAGAUACAAUUCACUUGUUGUACAGAGUUAUUUUGUUGUAUGCUGUUGUUAAAAUAUGCAUCACAUGGUGUAUUAUUGAGAUUUUUUAACCAAUUGUUAAAAACAUUGAACCUGUGUCUACUGUGUAGAUAUAAGCUAGUAUUGUUUUCAUGGUGUGAUUUAAAAUCUGCCCAUUAUAUAUGUUGCACAUUUUAUUUUUUAAAAAAAAGGUGGCAGUUGAACUGUCAGCACAAAAUUCAACCACCACAGAUAUGCACAUAUUGUGUGUUGCUUUAGUAUUUAUGUUAACAGUAACUGCCUUAUGUCAUUUGUUUAAGAUAAGGUUCUUCACAGUAUUGUUGUAAUUGUAACUAACAGGUAUUGCAAUUAUAAAUUAGAUCAGUUUUCCAGUUUGAAGUAGAUAGUGUUUUGUUGCUCCGAUUUCUCUGAUUUAACAUUGUACUCUUCUCGUGCACACAUGCUGCGACAUGACUCACAAACAGUGACGCGCUGAAAACCAGAUCUGAAUGUGCUCUUGCUUCAGUUUUACUCUCAGCAGUUCACCAUUGUAUUUUAUUAUUUCAUAUUACUGCAGAUUGCAGCAGAGAUGUCAUUCAUAUUUAUUAAAUGUUUGUAUGGCAGCAGUGGAAAUGCCUCAUGUAGCACCCUCCAGUAUAAUGUGACUUCCAUGCCUGAACUCCUGAUUUGCUAGCUUUUGGAGAACCGGGAUCAAGUUUAAUAUUAGCAUUAUUCAUUUAAAAGUAUGUUGACUGUAGAAGGAAGCAGUUCUUCACAAUGAGGUGGGAAAAUGUCAUUUAGAUCAGAUGAGAAUAAGAUCAUUGUGCAAACAAAGCCAGUAUUAUUGGUUGCAGUCCACAGAAUCCCGUGGUACUGGAGCAAAAAGUGAAACUCCAUAUUUAUUAACUGUUUGUGCACUCUUACUCUCCAAGAACUUUCCAAAAAUUUCAGUAAAAACUCUUCAUUAGGUGCUCCAUUCAUUAGACAGUUAGUUCAACAUUUUCAGACUCAAACUACCACAGAGAACAUAAAGGCCAAAUUCACCCCCGUGUGUAUACGUCGUCAUAAAAACAAGGACCAUCAUAUUCAUCUUGAACAUAGUGCUUUUUCCUAUUUCUGUUGCCCCAUUCAAUUAAAAGUCAACUGUUUCAUAUAUAUUUAAAUUAUCAGGGACAUUUUUAUUCUUUAUGUUUUGAGGAUUGAGUACCUUGCAAUACUCAUUUUUUAUGUAACUAUGUGGUAUAUCAUUUUACAGAGUUACGUAGCAUUAUUUACGGUCUCUAUAAAAAUACCUCCUUGUCACUAUUAUAAUUUGUUUCCUAGGAAACUGACAAAUAAGUUAUAGCUUUAAAAGAAAGGAAACAAGAAACAAAUUUAUUUGUAAUGUGGAUGGUAUUUGUGAUCCUGUUGCUAACAACAGUACCAAUAGAUAUGUAUUUUUGAGAAACAUGGAUGCAUUUUAGAAAAAUGUAUAAUUGUUAAAAACUAGAGAACUGUUUUAAAAACCAACUGGAAGUUGUUUCACUCCUUUUCUAUAUUUUCAUAAUACUCUGUUGAUUUAUAUACAAUUUGCAUAACAUGCUAAUUUUUGAAAUGUAAAACCAUUAUAUAAUAAUGAAAAUAUUUUUGUACACAGCUAUAAUGCCUUCAAUGUAUUGUAGCAAAAUCUACAUAUCAUUGUAUUCUCUGCAAUAGGAAAAUUUGUGUGUGCUUUGUGAGAAUGGAGGCAUUGUGCAAUAUUUUAUUGCUGUUAAAUUUGAAAUAUUUUAUACAGGCCUUAACUCAGUAGCUCAGAAGAGCAGUUGUUGAGAAAAUGUGGUUAUUGUUGCAGAAAGACAAUAAUAGAUGUAGAAAGCACUCCUUCCAAUUGGCAUUUUCCUAGAUUUUGUAUAAGAGAAGUAUUGAGAGGCAUGUUCCUUAUAACAGCAAUAGAUAAAGUACUUGGUUCCACAAGUACAUGGAAGUGUUGUUAUUUGUUGCAGAACAUAGCUUUUUUGUUAUGCUUCAUCUUUGACUACCAAAUUGCUGCAGCACUGAUGUUGCAGGAUAACUUUUUAGUAGCUAAUUUGUAAGCAUAAAUUUUCUUCCAUUUAAUUUGUUGUACAGUGACAGGCUGACUGAAAAAAAGAUAUAAUGCUGUUUACUUAUUAAUCCAGUACAGAAGACAUAACAAGAAUGUCUAGGAGUCGUUAUGAAAUGCCACUUACAUACUUUUACAGACCUACAUCUGUGCAUCAGGCAGUGUGAAGUGAAGGCUGUAUAGUAUAUCAGCAUUAUUUACAUCCCCCUGUACUACUCUUUUUUUGGAUAGAAUCCAGGAAGAAUGUGUAUGUAUAAACCCAAAUUCAUCUAAAAAUUCUACCACUAUUACAGAUUAUGUAUAUGAGAGGAAGUAAUUUGUCGUGAUCUUUAUGGAAUAUAUGCUGUUGUUGUUUAUAAAGUAACACUUUACAUGAAGCAUAAUAGUUUCCUCUUGAAAUUUGUUGAAAAUAUCUAUUAUUCUUACACUGUCAAAAAAAUUUAUUACUGCAAAUGAGAUUUAGAUUUUUUUUGUCUGUACAGAUAGGAGAUUGGGACAAGUUUUUUAUUUAUCGAAACAGUCAGUACUCUGAUUGCAAAUGGUUAUAACAUGGAAAUUCUGGGCACAUUGGUUUAGUUUCAUGAUAAAAAUAAUGAGAAGUGAUACUAAUAAAAUGCACCUUACAUUCAUUAA